CCAAUCGUUAAUCCUUAUUCUCUCCAAUCUCUCUCCGCAUUCACUCUCCACUUCUUACUUAGUGUUAUCGCCAUUAAGCUCCAUGCGUAUAUCUGUUACUGUUUCAGACGUUUCAUUUUUUCUCCCCACAGUUACACUCACCGCUCCAAAUAGAGCCGUUGCUGAAUGCUCCUCAAAAUUUCCUGUCUCUCUUCCACGCACAUUCUUCUACCCUUCACAAAAUCGUAUUUUGCUUACCCCCUUCUCGUUUUGCAUUGGAAGGUGCAACUUUUAGCUUGCUAAUCUCAGAGCACUGUGAGCAUUGUUCCUUAGAAAAACACAUCUCUCUAUGGAGAAAUAGUCUUGUGUUGCUGUGUAAAUAAGGUAGCAGGAGAAACUUCUCGUUCCUACUGCUGUCAGGAGUGGAAGGAAAAUUUGAAAUGGACAUUCUACCCAUUUUAUGUUCCAUUUCCCUUUUGUGUUUGGUUAUGUGGGAAGGAAGUGGUGAGCCUCUUGAAGAUAAGGAGGCGUUGCUUGAGUUUGUGAACAAGUUCCCUCCUUCCAGACCUCUGAAUUGGAAUGAGAGUUCCCCCAUGUGUGCUUCUUGGACUGGUGUGACUUGCAAUGAAGACAGGUCCAGAGUAAUUGCAAUUAGGUUGCCAGGGGUUGGAUUUCAUGGCACUAUUCCACCUGACACUAUUAGUCGCCUCGCAGCACUGCAAACUUUGAGCCUCAGAUCCAAUGUGAUAUCUGGGCCUUUCCCUUCUGAUUUUUCCAAUCUAAAGAACUUGUCUUUCCUCUACCUUCAGUUCAACAACUUGUCUGGGCCUUUGCCUGAUUUCUCGUCCUGGAAGAACCUCACUGUUGUCAAUUUGUCCAAUAACCAUUUCAAUGGCAGCAUUCCUGUCUCCCUUAACACCUUGCCUCAGCUUUCUGGUUUGAACCUUGCAAACAACUCUCUUUCUGGGGAAAUUCCUGACCUCAACUUGUCCAGAUUGCAGGUGCUGAAUCUGUCCAACAACAAUUUGCAGGGAACUGUGCCCAAAUCUCUGUUGAGGUUUCCUGAGUCUGCAUUCUCUGGGAAUAACAUUUCCUUUGGAACUUUUCCCCCAGUUUCUCCGGCACCUCAGCCCGCUUUUGAGCCGGCUUUGAAGUCUAGGAGGCGUAGAAAGCUCAGUGAGGCGGCGCUGUUGGGAGUGGUUGUUGCUGCUGCUGUUUUAGGCCUCCUGGCUUUUGUUUCUUUGACUUUUGUGUGCUGCUCAAGAAGAGGUGAGGAAGAUGAGGAAACCUUCGGUGGGAAGUUGCACAAGGGAGAAAUGUCUCCUGAGAAAGCUGUCUCAAGGAAUCAGGAUGCAAAUAAUAAGCUGGUUUUCUUUGAGGGAUGUAAUUAUGCCUUUGAUUUGGAGGAUUUGUUGAGGGCUUCCGCUGAGGUUCUGGGAAAGGGAACGUUUGGAACUGCCUACAAGGCAAUACUAGAAGAUGCUACCACGGUUGUUGUGAAGAGAUUAAAGGAGGUAGCUGCUGGCAAGAAGGAUUUUGAGCAGCACAUGGAGAUUGUUGGAAGUCUUAAGCAUGAGAAUGUUGUUGAGCUCAAGGCAUAUUAUUAUUCCAAAGAUGAGAAACUCAUGGUAUAUGAUUAUCACAGUCAGGGGAGCAUAGCUUCCAUUUUGCAUGCCAAGAGAGGAGAGGAGAGGGUGCCUUUAGAUUGGGAUACAAGGUUGAAAAUAGCCUUAGGUGCUGCAAGAGGCAUUGCUCGUAUCCAUGUUGAGAACGGUGGCAAGCUGGUACAUGGCAACAUCAAAUCCUCAAACAUCUUUCUCAACACCAAACAUUAUGGAUGUGUGUCUGACCUUGGUCUGGCAACCAUAUCAAGCUCACUGGCCUUACCAAUAUCACGAGCAGCCGGUUACCGGGCACCGGAAGUGACAGACACCAGAAAAGCAGCACAGCCCUCGGAUGUUUACAGUUUUGGUGUGGUGCUGCUAGAGCUUCUGACUGGGAAAUCCCCUAUCCACACUACUGGUGGUGAUGAGAUUAUCCACCUUGUGAGGUGGGUUCAUUCAGUUGUGCGUGAGGAAUGGACAGCUGAAGUGUUUGACCUGGAACUGAUGAGAUAUCCAAACAUAGAAGAAGAGAUGGUGGAAAUGUUACAGAUAGCCAUGUCAUGUGUGGUGAGGAUGCCGGAUCAAAGGCCUAGGAUGUCUGAAGUUGUCAAGAUGAUUGAAAAUGUGAGGCAGAUUGAUGCAGACCCUUAUUCAUCGUCUGGGAACCAAGCUGAACAACUCAAGUUGUCUCAACGUGACAGUGGUAACUCUCCUUCCACUCCCUCCUACUUGCCCAGAGGAAGUGAAUGAAAGAAAGGUGUCACCUUUGUUUGAUUUCAGUGUUUGUCCAUUUUUAGAGCGUGGUUAUUAUUAUCACUACUAUUUUUUCUGAUAUUUAAGUUGCUUGAGUUGAUUAAUUAUUAACUGAUUUGACCCUGGUAGAAGAGUACCAUGCCCUGGUAUAGCAAGAAGUGGUCAUAAUGUGAAGCAUUCCUUUUGUGUGUGUGAACUGAGACAACCUUUACUAAGGUGUACCUUUACCUUUACCUAUUGUUUUUCCCUUGCAAGAGGUCUCUAACAACUCUGUUCUUUUAUUAUAUAGGAAUUUUUUGACAAAUUUACUCCA